GUUUCGAGCAGAGAAGAGAAAGCUGCUUCCGGCCAAGCCUUGUCGCCGUGCUGGUUGCCGAGCGAAAUGGGAGACCCGCUGGAGGUGAAGCCGCUUCUGCGGCCCCGCCACGUCUCGGAGCUCGCGCCGGAGGCGAAAGCCUUUCGGGGCCUGAAGGCCACCUUCAAGCGCUCCGAGGGCAGUCGGGUGGUGGGCGCCAGCUUCUGCCCCACGCUGCCCACGCGCCUGGCGCUGGUGAGCGGCACGAAGGUGGGCCUAUGGAACACGGCCAAGGAGGGAGGCCUUGAGGAGGGCAGCUCCUUGACCAAGUUCAAGGACCUCACGCAGUGCGCGGCCUGGAGGAGUGAUGGGCGGCUGAUGCUUGUGGGAGAGGCCAGCGGCACCUGCGCUGUCAUCGAGAUGGAGACCCGCUCUGUGCUGAGAAGGUUGCGCGGGCACGGCGACGCCGUGACCUGUGCUGCCUUCGCGGAGGACAAGAGCCGCUGUGCCACGGGCUGCAAGGAUGGGAAGCUCCGUCUGUGGGACGUGGCAAGCUGCGAGCUGUUGCAGGAGGUGGAGGCCCACGAUGACUGCUUGAAGUGCCUCUCGGCAGGCCCGGUGGCAGACUCCUGGAUCACUGCCGGCUACGACAAGCGGGUGAAGCUCUGGGACCCGAGAGUCCAGGCCAAAAAAGCGGCCAUCUCUGUGGACCAUGGUCAUCCAGUGGAGGCUGGCUGCGCCUUCCCGAGUGCUGCGCUCUUCGCCUCUGCCGGCGGCAGCGGGGUGAAGGUGUGGGACCUGGCCAUGACCGGCAAGGCGCUGUCGGAGCUGCAAGACGCCCACUCAAAGGUGGUCAUGGGCCUUUGCCUCGACUCCAAGGCCUCCACACUGCUCACGGCGUCCUUCGAUGGCCUGGCCAAGGUCUACCAUGCGGCAGACUUGUCGCACGUGUGGACGUACACGCUUCCAGGGCCUGCCACCUGCAUUGCUUGGCGACCUGACGAUCGCGGCUUCGUAGUGGGCCUUGACAGCGGGCAGUGGCAGUACCGCAGCAAGGCGAAAGCUGAGAGCAAGAAGCCUCUCGCGGAAGUCCAGCUGGUGACGGGCAAGCGCAUCCUGCGAAGAGGCAAGGAGGACAACAACAAGCCGCUACCUGACGCCGAGGAGGAGGAGGAGUCUGACGAUGUGGAGUUCCAGAAAACCAAGAAGUGGAAGCGAGAAGAAGGCCACCUCCGUGGUCACUUGCACCGUCCAAGUGCGGAAGAUGAGGUCAUCGAGAGGCCCCGUGUAAGGAAGAAGAGGGAGUCCAAGGUGGACUACCUCUUCCGCAAGUACGAGUACCGAAAGCUGGCAGAGUACCUCUUCCUCGAGACCUCCUCUCAUGACCCCAGCAUGGGCCUAGCUGUUGCCGAUGAGCUGCUGGAGCGGGGAGCCUUGGCCACUGCCAUGUGCAAUCUUAGCGAAGAGCUUUGCCUUGCAGCUUUGAGGUGGCUCCUGCAUGCCUUUGCUCAGGGGGAUUCCCUGCAACAGCUGCUCUACAGCGAGGUGCUUCACACCUUGGUGGAUUGCAACAGCUGCCUGCAGCCGCCGCGCACGCCGCAGCUGCUGGAGGCCGUGAGGAAGCUGGAUUUGAAGGUCCUACAGGAGCUUAGCAACCAGGAGUCUCUCUUUGAGACCAAUGGCGCGGUUGAGAGCAUCUUUGUGUAGAAGAGGACUUAGCCACUCAGCUGAGGAAAGCCACGUAAUCUUCGCCACUAGGUUGGCUUUUCCCUUCUUGCGAAAAACUUAAGGGGGAGGGUGGUUGGGCGCUGCCGCGGCGGCCGCGUCAGCAGAUAUCGGCCUGCGAGCAAGCGGAGGAAAAACUGGCCGCAUUGGGAGCGAUGCAGAGAAAGGAAAGCAACUUGCCGUUCGGAUCUGGCUGACAUCACCUGGACA